CCUGUCGUGCCUCACUUCAUCCUACGUCAUCAUCGUUCCAUCCUCAAGCCACACCCCGCCACUCACAAGCUAGUUUUCCGCGCCUAGGCCGAUAACCUCCACCCACACGACCGCCUCCGAUAUCUGGCCUUGCUCACUGUCUUGGUCCGUUUGUGCUGAAAAACGGUUCAGGCGCUUCAUUACUCACCUCUACAACUCGAUCCGGUUUGAAGUUGGUGCUACGCCGCACCAAACCCUCCCGCGAUGUCUGGCGAAGCAUGGCUGUAUCUACUAUCGGUGCUGAUAAAUGCUGUCAAUCUCUUCCUACAGGUCUUCUUCACUAUAAUGUACAGCGAUUUGGAAUGUGACUACAUCAACCCGAUUGAUCUCUGCAACCGCCUCAACACCUAUAUUGUCCCCGAAGCCGCCGUCCACGCUUUCUUGACUUUCCUCUUCCUCAUCAACGGAUACUGGAUUGCGCUGAUCCUGAACUUGCCUCUCUUGGUAUGGAAUGGCAAAAAAAUAUUCGAGAACCAACACCUUCUGGACGCGACCGAGAUUUUCAGGAAGCUCAAUGUGCACAAGAAAGAAUCCUUCAUCAAACUGGGUUUCCAUCUAAUCAUGUUCUUCUUCUACCUGUACAGCAUGAUUGUGGCCCUCAUCCGGGACGAAGCUCACUAAAUUGGGAACUUGACUAGAACCACUGUACGGCACGAAUUACCCAAAUUCCAAGUGUCCGUCUGGGUCAACCUUUCGAUUAUCUAAAGUACUGAGAAGUAGACAUGUAUGAAGAGCACAGGAAGGAGUUGAAUGGAAUAUUAGGAUAGGGCAGAAACAGAUAUACCACCGUUGGCAUGCUGUGUUGGCAAUUGUGGUACUAGGGAUGGGUGGGACUUAGGUGUUAGGGUGACGGCUGGUGGGCUGGUGAUGACGGGCUAGAUUCUACGUUGUAACAGGAUAUGAUACCGUAUUUUUCAUGUAAAUGGAUGACACUUUUCAUCUCC